AUGCAAGUAACUUUCUGUUAUCAUAGUGAUAGUCUUGAUCAAAGCUUUUACAACUCACUCCCAAACAACAACCAAUCACACUUCAUACGUAAAUCUCUCUCCAACCUCUCCUCAUUCACAGAGGGCACGUUAAUCGUUGGAGGAGAUCUUAAUGUUCCCCUCAUCCCUCUCAUAGAUUCAUCCACGGGACACAGUAGCAUCACCCAAGGAGCCCUCCGAAGCAUACAGAAAAUGCUUAAGAACCUUAGGCUGGUGGACUGCUGGCGAGCAAUGCACCCGGCAGACAGGGAAUACACCCACUACUCAGCGAUACAUAAGCGAUACGCGAGGAUUGACUAUAUCUUCCUUCAACAGGAACACCUUGGCGCCAUCCAAAAAGCAGAAACUGGAUCAGCAAGCUGGUCGGAUCAUGGUCCUGUGACCCUGCAAAUGGACUCCCCCAGGGUACGCCCAACCGCUAGGUCAUGGCGACUCCAGGACUCAUUACUCUUGGACCCAUCAGUGAAGGAAACUGUUUCCGAGGAACUCACUUCCUAUUUCGCACUGAAUGAGACAGAUGAUCUCCCCGCGACCACGAUAUGGGAAGCGCACAAAAGUGUGCUCAGAGGUACACUGAUGCGCUUGGCUUCUCAGAAGAAGAGAGAAUCUCGGAAACAUAUGACGGACCUACUAACGCGCAUAACUACGCUUGAAAUGCAACACAAACGUUCCCACCUAUAA